AUGCAUUCUUUCAUUGAUUACAACAUUGGUUAUUUGUUCAAUGCACGUCAGAAAAUUUGCAUAAAAGUGGAACGUCAGAUUCAAACAUACGCAUUGUAAAAGGAAACAGAAUGUGAAAAGUUCUUUUUGAUCGAUCAAAAACAAAUUUCACGAAGCGUAUAUAUAUUUUCGAAGAUAAAUGUGACCCUUUAUCAAUGUACAGAAUGCAGAUAGUGCAUUUCUUUUGGGGUCUCGUUUGGUACAUUCUGUAUAUUUGUCAAGUCAAUGCUGACUAUAAUAUAGUAUUAACACACGAUGGCCCUGUGGUAUUAGGUGGAACUAUUACGUUUAAAGCUGACAUCUUCAACAAUAAUAAAAGACCAUCAGGGACAUUUAAUUAUAAAUGGCGUGAUAAUGCAUUAAGUCCUCAUAAAUACGAGACAGGAAGCACAUCAAAUACAACAACGUAUUGGAGUUUAAACAUUUCUCAUGAAAACUAUACAAUUGGAAAAUAUGAAGUUGAAGUAAUACUUUAUGAGAAUAGGUUCUUGUGGUGGGAACUUACCAGUGUCCGUACUGAUUUUCAUGUCACUCAAUUUCUCAAUGGAGAUAUCAAAGUUAUACAACCCAACAAAACGUCAGUCGAUACAUAUGUGUCAUCAGCAUUUGAAGCAAAUGUGACAAUAACUAUAAGAAAAGGAGAUAUGGAUUACUUGAUGAAAGCCACAUCGGUAUUAAUCUAUUGGUUUAUUGAUUGCAAAUAUUUCGGUCAAACAAGUGACUUGAGUUUUCUCUACAAUUUUACAAUUCCUGAUACAUCACACAUAUUAGAAGCUUUGGUAGUUGCAUCAUAUGAUUUACCGACAACGACUACAACUGCUUUACCAAUAAUAACAACUACCCCUUCUAAUGCAACUGUGCCAAAUAUUACGAUAUCAAAUGUUACAAUAGAACAAAUAGUAACUACUACCAUAUCCAGUGAUAACUUAAGUAUAAAACCAAUGUCAACAUCAACAAUAAUACCAGCACCUCUAAAUGAUGCAACAAAUAUUAGUAUUUCCAAUGUAAAUAAUAUUUCUUUACCUUACAUCUGUUCCAACUCUUCGAUAAUCCCACCAGAUCCUAAUAAAACAUAUGGGCACUUCAUCAAAAAAAUUGAUGUUCGUGCACCCAUAAUGAAUAUAACAGUAGAGGGUACAAAUUGGAUUCAACCAUGGGAUAUGUUAUCUCUGAAUGUGUCAUGUAAAGGUUCAGGACCUUUUAAUAAGUGCCUUUAUUUUCAUAGAGGAAAGUAUAAUGUUACUGGAAAUGAAACAUGCGAUAGUGGAGAUAAUCUUUAUUCUUGUAAUUUUUCCAUUAUCCAUUAUUUUUUGGAACCUAGCGUAUAUACAAUAUUAAUUAUAUUAAAUAAUGAUGUCAGUAAACAAAUCUAUCCUUUGACAAUAAAUAUUUAUAAAGUAACAACAAAGCCACAGUUAUCGGUGAUUGUGGUACCUGUUUCUUGCUCACUUGCUGCUGUGGUACUCAUUAUCUUUGGCAUCGCGUAUUACAUACAAAAUAAAGCAAGAUUUACAGUGGAAGUUGCAGAUUUUGACUUUGGCCAAAAUAAUCCAGAAAUGGAAUAUAAAACAUUUACAGAACGUUUAAGAGAUUCAGUUAAUAAUGCUAUAAGACCAGGAAGCAAACGGAUAAGUGGUUACAAGCCUCUUAAUAAUUCUCAAACUGUUCAGUAAUGCUUAAAAUGGAGAACAAACAUAAUUGAAUUGUCAAGCAUUCGGAUUAAAAGCUAUGGGAGAUUGAACAAGCGAGACAGAAAUUAAAACGAAAUGCAAGGUUCUCGAAGUAAUAUCGUACAGCAUUUUUAAAUAUCAAACAAUUUAAUCAGAAAACUCUAUCGUUAACAAUAUGAGUUUAUUCAUUCCAAGGGACUCGUGAAAUAAAAUUCAACUUGUAUAUAGAUUAAAUAAAUAUUGUGUAUAUAGGCUGUGAGGAUAGUAUGCAAUAAGAUUGAGCUUUCAAUGUUCUGCGGAAACGAAAUUUUAACGUUAAUUUAUAAUAGUUUUUCUAAAGUUUUAAUAUUUCAAAAUUACACGGGGACACGUUUCUUUCUACUUAAUCGAGGUUUAUUGGAUUCAUGUACAUACUAUACUCGUCUCACGUAUCACAAGAAAAAUAUUGGUAAACACUUAUACAAUUAUACCGAAGCAUGUAGAUUAUCAAUUAAAAAAAAAGAAAAAAAAAACAUUGGUAAACAGGAAGGUGUAACAAGUAUUCGAACAAUGUAUUCGUACUACGAUUUUUCUGUAUUAUGUAUGUGUGCUUCUGCGCAUAUGCGUGUAUGCAAUUUGCACAUUCGUACGUAGCAUUAAGUUCUAUUACCUAGAUGUAUCAAAAGUAUUUGAAAUAAGUUAUUUAACUAAAACUACUUGUAAAACUGAUUAAAUUAGAUUGCGAUUUCAAUGAUUCAAUUAUAAAGUGACCUAUUGAAUAGUAUUUAAUAAAUAAAAAACGUUCUUGUAAAACUU